ACGCGCCCUCGCAAUACUUCCCACGACAGAACGAGGUUUUCCGAUGUCAUUACCAUCAACAAGGCAAUACAGGACAAUUCCAACAACGGUCCGCGCUCCUUAACGAUAGUGGCGAGUAGCGCGUCAGAUCAAGCCCCUACACCUGCAAUGACACCUAAAGCCAACUCCAAUACAUCUUCCAAUAUAUCAACCAAGCCAACGGAACUGAUUACUCCCGAGUUUCCUCACUCGCAAUCGUGCGAUAAUUAUUCACAGGACCACACGCAGUCAUUUUCCACUGAUUGUACUUCACUCGAGUCUUCGGCAGAUAGGGACCCAAAGAAUCUUGAAACGCAACAAAUUGGUCAAGUCAAUAAAAAAGACUGGAGAACGCACAGAGGAGUGCUGAAAAAUCUUUAUUUGAGUCAAAGGAAACCUCUAGCAGAAGUAAUGAAAAUCAUGGCAGACAAAUACAACUUUAAACCAACCGCGAAACAGUAUCGAUAUCAACUUGUGAAAUGGGGAUGGAAAAAAUACAAUGUAGGAGGAUAUCGGCUACCGUUGAACCCAUCAGACUUUAAUGAACUUUCUGGGCGACAUCUCGGAACCACAACCUACCCCAAUGCCUUCGACCCGCCCCUCCCCGACGAAGCAUACACUCAACCCGAGGACUGGAUGUUGACACAGAACUCCGGCCAAGAUUCCGCUUCUUACUGUUCCGCAAUCAGUGAGAAGCCGGCAUUGCAGCAGGAUUCCGACAGCACCUCGGAUUAUAUGAAGUCCAACUUGGACAUGGAUAACAUGUACUUAGUAGAUUCUUCCGACCAGCGGCGUCAAUCGAGAAUCACAGAAAACUGGGAAAUGAGCUAUGAUCUACCGACUGGCUAAUUAAGCUUCCCGCCGGCAAUACUGGGAUAGUUACCGAGACUGGUGCUAGCAAGCUCAAUGUCAAUAUCGAGCACCACGGCCGGGCAAUCACCAUUGCAGGUUCCGCCAAAAGUGAACAGCACAUGAUGACCACACCUACCCGCAACAAACAUAAUUAGGUAGGCUAGGCAUCACUUUUCAUCUUCGCUACCCUUGAUGUAGCUUUGGACAUUAUCAGGGGAUAAAGUGCUACUAGACUGGUGUAGGAGUUGUUUCCAAAGGGGCAGGGCCAGCUUACGAGCUAGAGAUAUAUAAGGCUGAGUAGGUUCCCGGAAAGUGCUCAGGAUAGUCUAAGGUUUGGGGGGUUUGCUAGAAACCCUGGAACAAUAUUGAGUUACCAUACAGCUUCACGUGCGCAUCCAUUAGUUCGUCAUCAAAGAUGUGAUCACAAUUAU